AUGCCCAAGAGGAAGGUCCGCUCCGCCGAGGGGGCGGCGAACGAGGAGCCCAAGAGGGGAUCGGCGAGGUUGUCAGCUAAACCGGCUCCCGCACAAGUGGAAACGCAGCCACAAAAGGCGGCAGGAAAAGAUGAAUCUUCAGACAAAAAAGUGCAAACAAAAGGGAAAAGGGGAGCAAAGGGAAAACAGGCCCAAGUGGCUAACCAAGAGGCUAAAGAAGACUUACCUGCAGAAAAAGGAGAAACUAAAAACGAGGAGAGCCCCAGCCUCUGAUGAAGCAGGAGAGAAAGAAGCCAAGUAGGAUUAAUAUCACACACCUGGUCCUAUCCGUGGUCCCUGUCUCCCAUCUUGUACAAUCCAGAGGGAUAUGUUUAUCAACUG